AUGUCCAAAGUCUUUCCUGGAACCAACAAAGAACUAUUCCUAUCUGGGCCAAAGCAGCUAAAUAUUUGAAAAUUACGAGCAAAAGAGCUGCAAAAGGAAGAGCCACGGCUCAGGAGUAACCCAGAAUUCAAAAACGUGAAAUGUAUUAUUUUCCCUGACGAUCAUUUUAUGACUUUUUGAAGAGUUAUUUUAUUUCUCUUAUUAUCAUAUACAAUUUUUAUUACUCCAUAUAGAAUAAGCUUCGUAGAAGUUGACACUAAGAAUUGGCAAAUAGCAGAUUUAUUUGUUAAUGCACUGUAUUUUCUCGAUGUUUUGAUCAACAGUAUUUUAGCUUAUUAUGACAGUGAAAUGAACGUAGUAACCUCCAAUAAAAAGAUUUUUCUUAAUUAUUUAGCAGGGUGGAUGCUGAUUGAUUUAUGCUCUUGCAUCCCAAUAGACAUGAUAACAGAAACCGAUAAAAAUUACUCUGGAUUAGUCAGGCUAAGCAGACUUCCAAGAUUAUACAAAUUAGUGAAGCUGACCAAAAUGAUUCGUCUUGCGAAGGUUGGGAAAAUGAAAAAUAAGGUUGCAAGGUAUAUGAGUAACCUAUUAAAAAUAGAUGCUGCAUUAGAAAGGCUUUUUUGGCUUAUUAUCACCUUUCUCAUCCUUAUUCAUAUUUUAGCCUGCCUGUGAGGGUUUAUAGGACAAAUCAUGCUUCUUGAAACUGACAAAAAUUGGAUAAUGCAAGGAAAUUUCCAAGAUCUAGAAAUGUUUGACUUAUAUAUUUGUGCAGUUUAUUGAGCUGUGACCACAUUAACUACUGUUGGAUAUGGAGAUAUCCACGCUUGGAAUCUAUAUGAAAGGAUAGUUUCCUGCGCUGUAAUGAUUAUAGGCAUUUUUAUUUAUUCUACUUUUAUUAGUUCUUUAUCCAAUAUCUUGACAAACACUGAUACCCUUGAGUCUAAGCUAGAAAAAAAAAGAGACAUAGUAAAUAAUUUAGCAAAACAAUAUAAUAUCACUCCAGAGUUCCAUAGCAGACUUAUAGAUGCUAUUGAAUAUUAUCAAAGGCAUGACAGGACUGACUUAGACUCAUUGAUUGAGGAUUUGCCAAUUAAUCUUAGAACACAGUUGCUUAUUGUGAUCUAUAAGAAAAUCCUCGAAAAUAAUGCAUUUUUUGAAAAUAAGCAGCCGCAGUUUGUGGCGUAUAUAGCGCCACUUCUGAAGCCUUUCAGAGUAGAAGAAGGAGACCAUAUUUACAAAGCUGGAGAAGUUGCUGCUGAUAUUUAUUUUAUAGUGAAAGGAGAAGUCGUGAUGGUAGCUGAUUACGAAGACAAUACCAAAAUUCCUUUUAAUAUAUUAAAAGAAGGCUAUUACUUUGGAGAAACUGAUUUUUUACUAAAUGAAGAGCGGGAGCACUCAUAUAGCGUUAAAGCACUAAAGAGGACUGAACUAUUGGUCCUCCCAGGCGAUGAUUUUGAAAAUGCUUUAAGAAAUUUUGAAGAAGACGGGCUAAGUGUAUUGAUGUUAGCAAAAGAGAGAUAUAAUAGACUUAAAGAAAAAGAAGAAGAAGCUAUCGAGGAAUAUAAGAAUAAAAGAAGAAUCAAACGAUUUCAAAGCUUCCCGGUUAUGACUCCUAUCUCGAAAAAAGACCUUUUAAAAAUUAUCCAGAAAACUCAAGAAGAAAAAGAUGAUGACAAAAUGACAGUAAAUGAAGAAGAAGAUUUCAGGAAAGAAAAUGAAUAUUUAAUUCCUGGAGAAAAUAAGGACUUCGAUAUGCUAGGGGAAUCUUGAAAAAGUCAAAGUUCUCAAAAUUCUUUGAGUAGGAAUAAAUCGAUUUUUAAUUCGAUUUUAGAAGAAAGAUAUGGAAAUAGUGAAAAAGAAGAUGAAGUUGAGAAAAAAAUAGAGAGAUUGGAGGAAACUAUCAUGUGUGUCAAAGAAACAGUUAUGAGUUUGUGUAGAAUACACGGAUGCCAAAUACCGAAAGGAAUGAUGGAAUAUAGUGCUCCAGUUUCUAGAACUGGAAGCGCUGUGAGUUAUGAUGCAAAAUUAAAUGUACUUCAGUAA